CGCAGCGUUUCGAUUAUCGAAAGUAUCCAAAAUAAACGGAUAUAAACAUGCUUCUUGCGUCUGUUCAUAAGGUCAUGUAAUGUGCAUCCUAUUUCUUUAUAAUUUCAAUAAAAAUAUUAUUUUAUCGGUUGUGUAUGGGAGAGCCUUAAAAUUGAAAGGUGUCUGACUGGUUGACACUGUUGACAGGUUGACAGACAAUAGAGCCAAAAAAUAAAUAAACUUGCGAACUGUCAGCGUAUAGUAAAGUUUUUAAGAAUUAAAAUAAAUUCAACAGCGUGUUUGGAACAUAGAAUCCAGUCAUAGUUACUAAAUAAGUUUGGUAUAGUCAUAAAAGUAACUAUGCCUGGCCCAGGGAAGCACUUUCGUGGCAAUCGUAAAGGUUCGAACCAUUCAAAUCAGCACACAUUGGCAUCUGUUGCGCGGGAAACUGCAGCCUCCUUGCCCGCAGACAGCCCCGUGCUGGCCAUCUUCAAGGAAGCUGCUCGCAAACUGAACGAGCGCCAGGACAGACACGAGCGACUCGUCAAAUUGUCGCGCGACAUCACCACAGAGAGCAAGAGAAUCAUAUUCUUGUUGCAUUCGCCUAUGACAAAGGAAUCCGAAGAGAAAACCCUAACUGAAGCAAAGGAGCGAAUACAAAAGCUAACUAAUGGCCUCAUCAGAAGCAUUGGCUUGGAGCUGGAGUACAGUCCUGCACACCUCCACUCCAGGGCAGUCACAGCUGGCUUCCAGGAGUUCAUAGAAGCCAGGACACUUCUCUCCCUCAUGACUGACAAGAGAAUCAUCACAUACCCUGAAGUACAGAAAGAGUUUGAGUAUUACAUUUUAGAUGAUGAUUACCAACGGCCCCUGGUCACCAUGUUGCCGGAAACUGAUUAUAUGUUGGGUCUGGCGGAUCUCACCGGAGAGCUGAUGAGGAAGGCUAUCAACAGCAUAUCCAGUGGGGACAGCGACGAGUGCUUCCAUGCCUGUCAAGUUGUCAGAGAUCUGUAUACUGGUUUUUUGGGUAUAACAGGCAGCCGCCUCCUAGUCCGCAAGCUAGCGACGACGCGCGCGAACGUGAACAAAGUGGAGAUGGCGGUGUACGCGCUGCGAGUGCGCGGCGGCGAGGCGCCGGCGCCGCUGCUGGCCGCCGCCGCCAGCGCCGCCGACUGGGACGCGCCCGCGCUCUCCGAUGAUGAAGGAUAUUACUAAGCACUCAACCUGCCUGGAGAAACGGAGUUCCUUUUCCGAAUGUUUAAAAAAAGAAGUCAUCUAUUAAAACAAAAGUUUGUUCAUUCCUUAAAAUCAUUUAAAAAGGCUUGGGAUCUCAAUUUUUCAAUACAUACUUUUAAAAUUUUAUGCAAAACCUAUUGAGAUAUAUCUAGAUUGUAAUGUUUUUAAAAGUUUUUGAUAUCUAUCAAAGUGCUGUGCAGUAGUUACUGCAAAGGAUUUUAACCAGCAUUCCUUUUUGAUAAGAUUGAAAACCAAAUAUGAGAAUUCAACUUCGAAAAAAUUAUAUGUGCGCCUUGAACAUUACAUUACCAAAGUAGGUAGGUUGGUUCAAGGUGCACAUAUUAAUUCAAUUUAGAUUCAAUGUAUGUACCCAUCUAAAAAUGUAAGCAAUAUCUAUGUACAACUUCAAUCAUUAGAUUAAGCAGAAGUAUGAUUAUAGUUUAUAAGUACUCUAAUAUUGAAUCUAUUGUCAUACAUAAUGUCUGGACAGCCUUGAAACUUUAGCGCCGGGUAUCCGGAGAUAUAUUAGAAUAAGCUUCAAUUACUAGAAUAUAAUUUAUUGAUUUGCUA